CAAUAAUAUUUUGCGUGAACAAUGUCAAAUAAAUCGUGGAGGAAGCGUUGGAUUUAUGAUUCUGAUGUUUCAGUUCCAAGGACGUCCAAAUGGCGUCGCAAAAACGAAGAAAUUCAAGGUGAAGACGAUGAUGCUGACCUUAGGCAAAAGACAACGUCGAUGCACGAGAUCACUGAUUUGCGGGAAAACAUUUCACCGCUCAAGCAACGAAAGAUUCUACCUAGCUGCUCAGUUCGCGAAGAGCAGCUCGAGAAAAGAGAACAUACUCAGAAAUCCAGUUUAUGUGAUCCAAUUAUAAAUAGUUCAAAUACUAAAUUUAACGCAACGAAACAUUUCAUUCAAGGAUCACAACCUACAUGUAACCUAAUUGAAGAAGGCGGCUCCUCGAUGGAUAAUAUUGAUUAUGAAAACUUUGAUAUUGCAGCCAUAUCUGCAUCAGCUGGAUCAGUAGCACUGGAUGUGCAGACGAGCAAAGAUUUGAUAGAUCAAAUCACUUGGCAGAACACUGUCUAUGAAGAAGAAUUGGAUAAUGAAGAAGCAAAUGUGCAGCCAAAUGAUGACCAAUGCCUGCCAGACAUUGAAGGGGGUCCACUCAUAGACAACAUUAAUUUGAAAGAAGAUAUUCCAGACAUGAAAUCAUUUUCAACACACAUUCAAAACCAAGAGGAAACAAUCGAUAAUGAAUCACUUUAUGACAACUCUACAUUGAAAACUGAUGAAAGCUCAUUGCUUAUAAUGGCAUUUGCAGUACGUCACAAACUUUCUGGUGUGGCUCUUGAAGACUUGCUAAAAUUGAUUGAACUGCACUGCCCUAAGCCAAACAAGUGCACAACUGAGAUAAAGGAAUUUAAAAUGUUUUUUCAAGCACUAAAGCAUCCUAUUGUAUAUCAUUACUACUGCCCCAACACUGUCUGUCAAAAUUACACUGGCACAUCUGUUCCCAUUGAAUCUGAUAAAUGUGAAGUGUGUGAGACUUAUCUCUCCAAAUCAGCAUAUUUCAUUGAAAUUCCCAUUAAGGAACAAAUCAAGACUAUUUUUUCACGUAAAGAGAUGCUGGAAAAACUGCAUUAUCGCUUUCAACGAGAAAAAGAUGAUGAUUCUAUUGAAGAUGUUUUUGAUGGUGAAUUGUACAAGAUGCAUUUCUCUCCUGGGAAGUUUCUUUGGGAUCCACAUAAUAUAUCUCUUUUAGGUAAUACAGAUGGGGUUGCCUUAAUAAAAUCCACAAGUUAUGGAGUAUGGCCAGUUUACUUUGUUAUCAAUGAGCUACCACCAAAGGAGAGGAUUCGCCGAAGCAACCGAAUUUUCUCAGGACUAUGGUUUGGAAAAGGAAAGCCCCAUUUUCCCACAUUUCUAAGGCCAUUCUCCAUGUCCCUGCGCAAUCUCUACUUCAAAGGUGAUAACAACUAUUGGUAUUUAAAAAGAAAGCUGAACUUAUUGUCCAAAAUCAAAUCACCUGUGUUUAUUGUUGUUGUUAUGCUUUACUUGUAUUUAGGUGUAAGAAUAACAGACACAAUUAUGAUGAAAGCCAUAGUUUUGGAGAUGUCUGUCGAUUCUCCAGCUAGAGCUGUGUGGCAAGCAAUCAAACAGUUUAAUGGAUACCAUGGAUGUGGUAAAUGUAAAGAACCUGGGGAGCAACUUGAUCUAGGGCCUGGCAAAGGCAAAUCCAGGCGGAGCAGCCACAUUUAUCCAUUUAACAAAGAAUUUGCUGCAACUACAGGGCAUAAGGGGCUACGGAGUCAUGAUGAAGUCAAGAAACAAGCCCUCGAGGCUAUAAGAAAUAAACCCCAUAACAAGAAGUUUGCAGUUGAAGGAGUAGUUGGUUUGAGUUGGGGAUUUGGCCUUCCAAUGUUUGAUGUCAUAAAGGGAACAGUUGUUGAUUACAUGCAUUGUGUUUGCGAAGGUGUCGUGGAUCAACUGCUCUCAAAAUGGCUCAAUAAAACAAACUCCAAGGAAGCAUUCUACUUAGGAAACAAGAUUGACCAGAUAAGUAAAGAGCUUAAAGCCAUAAGACCAACAUUGGAGAUAACCCGCACACCUAGGAGUCUUGCCGAUGUUAAGCAAUGGAAAGCUUCUGAAAAGCGGGCUUUUUUGCUGUACUACUCAGUCCCUCUUCUAUCUCCAUAUCUGAGUUCUGAUUAUCUUCACUCACUGAUGAUGCUAAGCGGUGGAGUGUUUAGAUUGCUGAAGCAAUCAAUUUCAAGAAGUGACAUUGAAGAAGCUUCAACUUACUUGAGACUUUUUACAGCUCUAGCACCUGUAUAUUAUGGGAAGCAAUUCCAAACAUUCAAUGUUCACCAGUUGCUGCAUUUGCCUGAAGUUGUUAAGGAUGCUGGCCCAUUAUGGUCAAACUCUUGUUUCCCAUUUGAAGAUUACAAUGGGGAUCUCAGAGACCUCUUUCAUGGAUCGAAUAACGUAGAUGGCCAGAUUGUAACAGCUGUUUCAGUCACCCAGAAGCUGCCUGAAAUUGCUCAAGCAACAACUACAUCUUCAGAAGUCAGAGCAUUUUAUGACCAUUUAACAAGCAAGCGCUCUAAUGCAUGCUCUUUGAAAGAUAAAAUAGAAGAAAAUGCUCAUGUUCUUGGUUCUCUUGAACGGGUGUGGGGAACCACUUCUUCUAAAUUGCUUUCAGAAAAGCAGAUGGCUGCUAUUCCAAAACAUCAUGGCAAGCUUUGGGUUUUUCGCCGGUGUUUUAUUGGUGGAGUCAUUUUCCAUAGUAAGAGCUAUAAACGAGUUGUAGCUAGAAAUGACUUCACAGUGAAAUGCCGACAAGGCGAAGAGGAAUUGUAUGGCUCUGUUGACACUUAUGUAAAACUAGAAGAGAAGUGUAUGAAUGCAAGGUGCAKAGAUCGGAUGKGCACAUGYCAUUUGAGUUCAAGAUAUGUUGCCAUCAUUGAAGUCUUGGAGAGUCAUGUSGAGCAGCUCCCCAGAUAUAGGGAGAGGACUGUUGUUAACCACAUCAUCAGAGUGAACCCAACAAACAGGUUGAUUGCUGUUCCUGUGACAAACAUUCUGGAAAAAUUCAUCAAAGUGGAUGUACCAUCAGGCUCUUUCAUUUGUUUACUGCCAAACCAUUAUGAAAAAGACUAAAAUUUGAUGAAACAAUAUGCAGCAUUUGUAUAAUUGACUUGAAAAGACAAAAACUGCUUUGAAUAGUGACUACUGGUAUUUAAAAGCUAGUUCAUUUUCGAUAAAUAGGAAAAACAUAGACUACAUAUGAGUACUGUGUUGAACAUUGCAUACAGAUUAC